AUGGCCGACAUUGAGCAGGGCCGCGUGGGCUCAACCAAUUCCCUCGGCAAGGAAACCAAUGCCUCAAAACUAUCGAUCGUCGUUGGACAGGAGGAUCUUGCUAGCGUCACUCCUCCUCAUGAGUCGUAUGAAGGAUACCAUCGAUUCGACCCAGCCGCCUCUUGGACGGCGCAAGAAGAGAGAAAAGUUGUCCUCAAGACAGACUUGAUGCUGUUAUCAUUCGUCUGUCUUAUGUUUUUUGGUCUUCAACUAGAUCGUGGAAAUUUAUCGAAUGCUCUCACGGACAACUUCCUCACGGACCUGGGCAUGACAUCGAACGAUUACAACAAUGGCACGACCAUCCAAUUGGUCUGCUUCCUCUCAGCAGAGCUUCCGAUGCAGCUCCUCAUCAAGCGUUACGGCUUCAAACGAGUUCUGCCUACGAUGAUGAUCUGCUGGAGCAUGGUAUCAUGGACACAAGCCUGGAUUACCAGCCGUGCAACAUUUUACGUCACUCGCGCUCUGAUCGGCUUCUUCGAAGGUGGUUUCAUUCCGGGAUCAAUCCUAUUUGCAACCUAUUUCUACAAAACACGCGAACUAUCCGUGCGAUUGGCAUUCUUUUGGUCGACAUUGAAUGUCGCCCGUAUCAUUUCCUCGCUUCUUGCCGCAGGAAUUCUCAAGAUGCGAGGAGUCCACGGGCAGACCGGUUGGUUUUGGUUAUUCCUGAUUGAAGGACUCAUCACCUUGAUGAUUGGUAUCACUGGCAUGUUUUACCUGCCCAACUCUCCAACACAGACGAAAAGCGUCCUCUUCCGCAGGUCCUGGUACACGGAGCGCCAGGAGGUGAUCAUGGUCAAUCGUAUCCUCCGGGACGACCCUUCGAAAGGCCUCACCAAUAUUAAGGAACGCGCCACUCUCCAGGACGUCCUCAACGCCUGGAGCGACAAAUCCAUGUGGGGUCUCUACUUGAUCGGCCUUGUUGCCUACAUUCCACAGAGCCCGAUCCAGGCCUAUCUCUCCCUGACCCUAAAACGCCUUGGCUUCUCGACCUUCGACUCGAACAUGCUUUCAAUCCCGUCGGCCGCGCUGCAGAUUAUCCUCAUGCUCGCCCUCAGCAAGAGCAGCGAAUUCUUCAAAGAGCGCACUUUUCACUGCUUAGUUGGCGAGUUUUGGUCUCUGCCGCUGCUGGUGACGCUGCUCUCCUUGCCGAACCACGGCUACAACUGGCCGCGCUUCGCGAUUUCAACUAUGGUGUCGGGCUAUCCGUAUUUCCAUCCGAUCGUGUCGGCGUGGAUCUCCGAGAAUACUUUUGAUGUCAAGAAGAGGGCUAUCACAGCGGCGACGUAUAACGUCGUCGUACAGAUUGGCUCGGUGAUCUCCUCCCAAAUCUACCGCGCUAAUGACGCCCCGUACUAUUACACCGGAAAUAAAGUCCUUGUUUCGCUAUGCGCCUUCUCGCUUGUCGUUUUCGUCCUACAGCGUGAGUUCCUGCGGUACCUGAACCGACAAAAGGAGAAAGCCUGGGAUGUUAUGUCACCCGAGGAGCAAGGGGCGUACCAAGCCGACCAAGCGGCGAGAGAAAAGGAAGGCAACAAGCGACUGGACUUCCGCUUUGCGUACUGA